AUGCCUUUUUUUCGUGUAUCUCCACAAAUAAAGAACAAGUAUUCGAAUAUUAUAAAAAGAAACAUUUGUAGUAGUGUAAUAAAAUUUGGAAAAAGCGAAAACCAUUGCAAUUUCCGUUUAUAUCGAACUUGUAAAAGUUCCAAGGACAAUAAAAAGUUCCCCUUUAUUUUAAAUUGCAAACUGUUUAGUUGUAUUAGCAAAGCAAAGGGAGUUUCAGUAAUGGAAACAGCUGUUCCUCAGGUAGUAUCAUUGGAUCCAACUACAAUACCCAUAGAUUAUCAGACCCCAAUAGAUAAUCUAAAAAUAGAAAUAAAGGAUAUAAACAAAGAAGGAUGUUCUGCAGAUGAAGGGUUUAUUGUAUUCUUAAUGAACAGUGCUGCAAAGGAUAGUAAUGCUGGAGAUAGUAAUAGCAGUAGUAAUAAUGUACCUGUGAAAAUAAAUUGCAAGGUAAAUGAUAAUUUGAUAAAUGAAUUUUUGAAAGAAGGAAAUAUGGAUAAUUUUACGGGAAAAUUAGGGACAUCUAAAAGUUUUUACUUAAAGAAUGAGAAGAAUAAAUAUGUAAGUCUUGCUUAUCUUGGAUGUGGACUUGCAAACGAAUUAACCGAAUUAGAAAUCAGAAGAAUAGUAUCAUCAUUAGUUGUAAUGUUACAUGACAAUAAAUAUACAAAGGUUUCAAUUGUGUUUGAAAUAAAACUUGAUGAAUUUUUAUUUCGAUUUUUUUUAGAAAAUUUAUUUUAUGAAUAUGUAACAGACGAAAGGUUUAAAUCUCUUGACAAAAGUACCCAUACAGAUUAUAUGAAGAGUUUAACCUUAAACAUACCAAAUGCUGAUAUGUAUAAAAAACAGAUAGAUAAAUCUCGUAUUUAUUUUUUCGGUACGUAUUAUGCUUCUCAGCUUAUUGCUGCCCCAUCGAAUUAUUGCAAUCCUGUUUCAUUAUCAAAUGCAGCUGUCGAAUUGGCAAAGAAGGUAAAUUUAGAAUGCAAAAUUUUAGAUGUAAAAGAAUUAGAAGAACUUAAAAUGGGAGCUUAUUUAUCAGUUGGGAAAGGAAGUAUGUAUCCAAGUAAAUUUAUCCAUUUAACAUACAAAGGAGCGAAAAACGGUGACAAUAAUAACAUAAAAAAAAAAAUUGCAUUAGUAGGUAAAGGUAUCACAUUCGAUUCUGGUGGAUAUAACUUAAAAGCAGCACCAGGAUCUAUGAUAGAUUUGAUGAAAUUUGAUAUGAGUGGUUGUGCUGCCGUUUUAGGAUGUGCAUACUGUAUUGGUACUAUUAAACCAGAAAAUGUAGAAAUUCAUUUCUUAAGUGCAGUAUGUGAAAAUAUGGUUUCUAAAAAUUCAUACAGACCUGGAGAUAUUAUUACAGCAUCUAAUGGAAAAACUAUAGAAGUAGGUAAUACUGAUGCAGAAGGUAGAUUAACAUUAGCGGACGCUUUAGUAUAUGCAGAAAAAUUAGGAGUAGAUUACAUUAUAGAUAUUGCUACAUUAACAGGUGCAAUGUUAUACUCAUUAGGUACCAGUUAUGCAGGAGUUUUUGGAAAUAAUGAAGAAUUAAUAAAAAAAUUAUUAAAUUCCUCUAAAUCAUCGAAUGAACCGCUGUGGUGGUUACCAAUUAUAAAUGAAUAUAAAUCUUCUCUAAAUUCCAAAUAUGCUGAUAUUAAUAAUAUUUCUUCAAGUGUUAAAGCUUCAUCUGUUGUGGCAUCCUUAUUCUUGAAAGAGUUUAUACAGAACACCCCCUGGGCUCAUAUUGAUAUUGCUGGUGUCUCUUGGAAUUUCAAGGCUAGAAAACCCAAGGGUUUUGGAGUUCGAUUGCUGACUGAGUUUAUUCUGAACAAUGCACUUUAG